AUGAGCGCUGGAGGCCGCAAUGCGCCGCUGUCUCCAGUCUCUAUAGGCGGUAGCGAGUGGUCGUAUUCCGCCAAGUUGCCGACCUCUGCAGACGACGCCGGCCCGUAUCCCGUCAUCAACAACAGUCGCGGCAAUCUUGCCUCGCCUCCCCAUUCGGGAGGCUCCAACGGGGCCAUGAGCAUGAAUGGCUUCCCAACUGGGCCGCGCAGCAAUGGCGGGCCAUCGCCGCCGCCCUCCAUCGGCCGAUCCAGCAUCGGCACCAACAUGUACUCGGGAAGAAGCGAGGGCAACCGCAACAGCACCCGCACCGAUAUCGACGACUCCGUAUUGAACGAACACUACAUCGCCCUCAGGGCCUUCCUCAACGCACGCGACCCAGGCGCCCGACAGCAGCCCAACAAGGCCCGCGACAAGCUGCUGCGACUCUCGUCGGUGCAGUUCUACGAGCUCAGCACCGAUGUCUACGACGAGUUGAUGCGGCGCCAGGCCACGGCCAGAGCGCCGCCAAAUGCCCCCAAUACGCCCCCAGCCUUUCUCCUGCCCGAGAAGUCGUUCCACCCGAAGCGAAACCAGGCCCGCCAAAGGCUGUCGUCGCUUGGCCCUCCGCGAUUUAGGGACCUCGCGGCCGACGUCUUCCACGAGCUCGAGAGGCGAUUCCCCAGCUUCGUCGGGGGCGACCCGAUCCCCAGGGUCGGCAGCGCCAUGUCGAUGCGCGGCGGCCCCAUGAGGACGGGUACGCCUGCCAAUGGCAACAUGUUCCCGCCUCGUGGCCAGAGCCGGAUGCGAAGACCCUCGGAUGCCAGUUCAAUCCGUGGCCCUCCUGGGCCCGAUGGCUACGGGAUGCCCCCGUCCCCCAACAUGCCGAAUGGCGAAUUUGGGCGACCGAUGCCUAAGCAGCUCAACCAGAACAAUACAAUCGUACCAAACAAGAGCACAAUGGUAGAGGAGGACGAUGGGAACGGCGAAGAGGUGCCGGGCAAACGCAGUGUCGCCGAUGAGAAGCUCAUCUCAGACUACGAGACUCAAGUUAAGGACCUGCGCGGGAAGCUUGACAGCUUAGAAGACGCAAUGAGGAAAAAGGACGAGGAAAUGAACGGCAUCCUGGACGGGGAACGCUCGCGAGCGACGGCCGCCAACAUGGAAAAGAAGGAGUGGGGAGAUGUUCGACUGAAUCUGGAAAGCAAGUUGGCAGAAGCCCAGAGCCUCAACAAGUCCAUCAAAGACGAGCUUGAGCGCGUGCGAGACGACCACGACAAGGAAGUCCACCAGCUCCGCGACGAGCUGGCCGAGAUGCAUCAAGGGUCAAAGGGCGGGCCCACUGACCCGGAACUGCAACGAGAGAACGACGAACUACGCGAGUCCUUGCGGCAGCAGCAGGCAGUCACCGAAGAGGUGCGGCGCGAGGCACAGCAGUUUCUCACGGAGAUGCGCACGCUUUCUCAGCAGAGCAGCUCGACAUACGAAAAGCAAGCCGAGAUGGAGCAGACGAUCGCGCAGCUGGAGAAUGAGGUCCGGGACUGGAGAAACCGAUACGCCCGCGCAAAGACUCAGGUCCGCAGCAUGCGGGCGUCAUCACUCGGCCUCCCGAUGGAGCCGGGUAUUGCAAAUUACAUUCGCGACCGAGGUUUCAUCGAGGAAAGCGGGCUCAUUAAGGAUGUGCACGUCACCAAGUUCCAAAUCGCCAUCGACGAGCUGCUCCAAACCGCGCGGAAGGAGACGCCAGACAAGGUGACCGAUGCUAUGAAGCUGGUCGUGGUCAGCGUCCGCCGCAUAACCAAGGAUCUUGAUGAGUCGGCCCCCCGCGACGAUGAGCAGGCCCACCAACAAGCCAAGCUCAAGGCCAAGGUGUCCUCCACCGCCAAUGGGCUCAUCACGGCGUCCAAAAACUUUGCUGCCGGCGCGGGAUUGUCUCCUGUUUCCCUCAUCGACGCAGCUGCGUCUCAUCUCAGCAACGCAGUCAUUGACCUCCUACGGAUGGCCAAAAUCCGGACUAGCCCUGCAGGUGAACUGGAGGACGACGAUGACAGGUCCCUGACGCCCGUGGACUCUACUGCCUUUUUCUCGCCGCGCAGCCCAACUGAAGCCUCGGCACAGGAUAGCCUGCCUCCCCCACCGCCGUUCCAGGGGCUCGGGGGUGUCCGGGCGAGCGCCGAGUCGUCGGCGUACAGCCCCAUCAGUUCCCCUAGGGAAUCUGUCGAUCCGUAUCCAGGGUCUGGCACCAACGGCAUGACGAACGGCGGCGGCUACAUGGGCUACGACAAGAGCCACGCGGCAGGCCCUGGCGGGUAUGGGCUACAGCAGGGCGACAGCCGAGCCGCGGACCUCAAGAUCUACCUGGAUGACCAGGCUGCCGUUCUGGUGUCAGACAUUCAAAGACUCGUGGCCAGCGUCCGGAACGAUUCUGACGUCGGGCAAAUCAACAAUCAAGUGGACUCCAUCGCGGUGAUUGUCGGCAAAGUCAUCUCAGAGACAAACAAGAACGGUUACCGUGGUCAUGCGGCCCAGCUUAAUGACUGUCGAGACCGACUACUCGAAGCCAUGGAGCGCGGCCGAGAUCUCGCAAGCUCGGGCGUCGACCGGGAUGGUAGGGACUGGCGCAUGUGGGCGCAGACUCUGCCGCCCAUUGCCUUUGAGCUUGCUCGCGAGACCAAGGAACUUGUUCAAAGCAUCGGCAGCGUCAGUGGUCGCGAGGAUGACGAGUUUUCGUGA